AACUAUCUCCCUCUUGAAGAGGAAGUGUCGCCCCCACCAUAUCCAGCACAACAAGUUAACUUGCCUGCUCAGCCUGGUUACUCAGCUCAGCCUGGUUACUCAGCUCAGCCUGGUUACUCAGCUCAGCCUGGUUACCCAGCCCAGCCUGGUUACCCAGCCCAGCCUGGUUACCCACAGCAACCAUAUAAUGCACAGCCGGGGUACCCAGGCCCCCAGCCUUUUACUGGACAACCCAUGGGUUAUCCACAACCGUACCCAGUGACGCAGCAAAGUUCAACAACGGUGGUUAUGCAGGUACGGUUUUUAAAUAAUGUUGUAUGAGUGCAGUUAAGAGGAAUGCUUAGAUCAUAAGAACUGAAGAGGUAUUAAUUUGAUGACGUCAUGAGCGUGCCCAAUGGAAAUAGGAAGAAGGCUCCUGCUAUGAAUUUUUUCUUGCGAGUGUUCUAGUUUUGUUAUAAUUCCUUAUGACAUGAAGAUGUCAGGAAGAAAAUUUCUCAUCCGUUAAACGCAGCUGGGUAGGGUGUGUUAUAUAGCUUCUUAAACGAAUGAUUUCGCUUAGAUUUUUAUCUGUCUAUUUUUUUUCGCGAAAUAUUAAAGAGUUAAAAAAAGGAUGCAAUGGGCUGUAUACAGCAGAAACAUCGAAUAAAAGAAGCAAGGCUGAUUUUACAGUCGGGAAUAUACAUUUUUCUUACCAAUAUUUCGCAAGGCACGGCCUUCCUCCUUCAGGGUCUUACAUACAAUAUCGGUAACAAAAAAUAUAUAUUCGGGACUGUAAAAUCAGCCAUGCUUCUUUUGUUCGAUAUUUCAACUUAUAGCUGAUGAGAUUCUUUAUUAGGAUCGGGUCCUUCUUUUUUGUAACGUUGGUCCUUGCUUCCAAAAUUCACUGCACGUUCAGAUGUAGUUAUUUUCCAAUAAAAUCGGUAACAGCUAAUCUUUAUUUGAAUAUAGGAAUCUUGUGAUGGAAAUUAUACUAACUGCAUCUCCAUUGUAUUUCAUUUAUUAGCCCAGCCCAACAGUCAUCUUGCCGAUGACUCCUCGUCCACAGAACUGGCUGGCCUUGUCCAUUUUGACCUGUUUGUUCUGUGCCUGGCCGAUCGGGUUAGCCGCCAUUGUCUUCAGUAGCAUGGUAAGUCUGUCAUUCUUUUUACGUUGAUUACUCUAGUAAAGCAUUGAGCGGUGGUUCCAGUUUCCCCCGCGCUGGCUCUGCAACCUCCAUCUUGAGUACCUUUGUAGUUAUUGUCACUCUUUCAUGAAAAGUUGGUUGCUAUGGGUACGAGUUAAGACGUCAUCAAUGGCAAGAGUUCGACCAUUUUUUGUUUAGCACAACUACGCGCUCUUUUUGCACUUUUUCUCUAAAAUAAGCAAACAAUCAAAACAAAAGUAACAAAAACGACAUAAAACGUAUCAAAAGCUUAAAAUGUUUCAUUAAAUGAUCAUUCUCAAGUGUGACAUACGCCUUGUUUUUUCCCAAUUUUUUAACUUGAAAUGUGAGUUUUCGGUAAAUGCUCAAACGGUGGCGGCCGUUUUGAAUACUUGUCAUUGCUUGGUCUGUGUGGCACUUGAGAUCAACGAGACGAGUGAGGAUAAUGUCUAUAAAAGUGCCAUUCAGCUUUCCUCGGUCCAUUCUUCUUGCGGGAUGGCGUUUCCGCUGCCAAAAAUUUUCCCUGAAAUCGCAAAGUGAGCCUGCUCGCAGGUUAUGAACCAUUUUGUUGCCAUCUCUCUUCAGAAAUCCAGCUCAACCGCCUAAGCCAAUGUAACAUUAAUGUGACAUUAAUCCUACCCUGUUAUUUUUGGAUCGCUAAGUUUUCCUUAUUUGCAUUUUCUCUUUUUUCCUUUUUUUCGAAGGCUUAUUGAUCACUCCUCGUUCUUGACAAGUAAUUAUAUUUCAUACGUCCUGUUUUUUUGUACGGUAUUUACCAUUUGGCGAAAUCUUUCACAACAAUUUCAGUUUUAAAUGCAUCUUUAGAAUCCCUCCUCUCCUCUUUCUGUAUCGUACCUAGCCUUGCAAAGUUGUGUAAUCUCCGUUUUCUGACCUGGAUAUCUACUAUUAUCAUUAUUAUUUCCAGGUGGAUAGUGCAUAUGAUGGAGGUGAUUACGAAGGCGCAAGACGAAACUCAAGAAUUGCUAUGUGGUUGAAUAUCUCCUCUCUCCUCUGUGGCGUGGGCUUGUUCGUUUUUCUUGUCAUUUAUGUCGCCGCAAUAUAACUGCCUAGUGCUUUUACCAAGUGGACACAAGAAGUCGUCUGCGUUUUUUAUACAGUACUUUAACAAGGAGAUGAAGUAGUUUUAACCUUGGCUUUUUCGUGUUAAAUUACCUUAAGCUUUAUAAGUAUUGCUCGUUUGUUUGUUUUUGGAACGAAAUCUCAACUAGAAUUCGUAAUCAUAUCAAGUGAUUUACUGGGCGGGUUAUGACAGGUUACGCGGGCGGGCCACACUUCCCUCCCGCGCGCGCGCGCGUCCUUGAUAUUCUCCUUUCGCCCUAAAAAAAACCAGCGCCUGUUACGUAUAGGCUACGCCCGUAAGACAGUUUGUAAGUAGCUGGGACUGUGUUUAUAAGGAAGCGUCCUCCGUUCUGUAUAACGCUUUGAAACUGGAUCGAAAAAAACAUUACUUAAAUCCAGCUGCGUGACAAAGCAAAAUGUCUCCUAUAAGCGUUAAAAUGGUCUAGCCAGAAUGCGGAAGUAACUCCGUGUGCCUUAAUUGUAUAUUCUUCUCUUAGCUUUGGAAAUCGAAAAAGGUACUGCGGGCUCGACAAAAUGCUCCUGCAGAGUUACAUCAAACGACUUCCAUUCCAAAUCCAUGUCAAUUCUUGCCAUCCGUAGCAUAGCAACAGACGACAUGAAAAACAGUUUCUGUGCCUAAAUUUACUCUUAAACAGCAAAACUGUAACAUUAAUUUUGGAAUUCAAUUGAUAGGAACACAACUAUCAAAAACGCCACAUGGUUCCUUAAUGCAUGGCUCACACAAGGAGCAAUUUAGGAUAUUUUGCAAUUCAAAUUUACUCGCGUGCAGAUCAAUUUCCGGACAAAGCUCACCAUCCAAUCAGCUUCUUCUACUGGGUCAUAGUGCAUAAUAUUAUUGCGUCAACACGUAAAGAAUUAUUUCAUUGUUUCCUCCUUUCCCAGUUCAGUUCAUUAGUUUCUCAAAGAUCUAAGUGUGAUUACCAAGCCGGACUUUUGACUAAGGUAAGGAGACAUUGCUUCAAUGUCACAGACAGCAGGUUUGUGGUUGUUUAAUGUAUUAGUCAAUUUGAUAAUUUGCCAGAAAGGGUUCAUUUCCUUAGCCUUCGUCGGUCGACUGCGCACGCAAAACCUAGUUAUACCCGUGCUAAGAAUUGUUAUUCAAAUUUACUUUUAAGUUCAGUGCUAUAGAUGACUUAAAUAAGAGCUAAGACGAGCAGGAAAUCUUUAGGUUUUUCUGUAUUAAAGUAUUCAUUCAUGAAAUAAACACUUGUUCGAUUUAGUCACAGUAGACCACGUUCGCGAACAUUCCGUGUCUCGUUAUUAUCCAGUGAUUAGUUACGAUCAGUUUCAUUUCAAUGUAAACCUCCUCUUCAUUGGUUGGUGGAAUUCAUCUGGGAAGAACUUAGGGUAAGAAGAAGGGGUUGUUUCGAUACCACAGAAAACGAGUCCUUGUUUUUGUUAUCUUGGUUGUAAUUCUGAAUCUAUUAAAUAGCUUUGUCAUGAAAGCGUGCUUUUCACCGAAGUUUCUUCUAGUGCCUUCAUGAAUGCGGGUUCAUUCCUUUAUUUUUUUCAGUUUCAAUGUUCCGUUGAGUAGAAAACAAAGUACUCAUAUCCUAAUUCUAGCGUAAAAAGAAACCAUCUUAUUUAUAUGCGCAUGCCCGCACUCUCCUCGUUAACCGAACUGAAUAAUAAGACUUCCUUUGGUUGUGCUGUAAAUGUCUAUGGUCCGUCUGCUGUUACUAUUAGACUUGGACCAACUUGACGCUCCGAGUUCCAAUCAUUGGACCAAAUUUAGGUGAAAAUAAUGAAAAUAAUAACCUCCUCUUACUGUAAACAGAAAAGAAAAGGAAUGAAACGUCAAGUUACCGACAGAUUAAUCUGUAUCGUUUCGUUCAAAAUUAAGUAGAUUCCUUCUUGUGAUCUUUGGCAUGUUUGCUUUCGUCCGCUUUUAGUAAUUGAAGUCGAUUUUCUUAUCGUGCACGUGUGUUUCGAUGCUUUAGUCCGCCAAGUCAAUGCUAACUUUUUCCCGGCAAAAUUCCACCACAGUAUAUAAAACUUGAUUACCAUUGGGAGUCUGUCUGAUUGGGAGUUAUAAAAGAAGUUUUGUUGUUUCUGUAACUGUCAAAUUAACCGAAUUGCAAUGCCCCAGCUAAAAUUGAUCGAGGAGCUUUCUCAGUGAUGGCUACACAUUUUACAACGCGGAAGCGCUGUGUGCCGAGCUAGCGGUAAAUGCUUUGCGGAUAUAGGUUCUGAGACGUCAUAAAUUUCUGCGAGAUGUUGUUGAAGUAGAAGACCCUUAGUAGCUAUAAUCUUUCUGAGGGGUCAAAGAUCGGUGUGGUCUGCGUUCUUAACUGUAAAGGCUUUUUAUUAGGGCUAUUCGACCCGCUGUGGCUCAAUCCAAUACUUGUGCUAUUUUUUCGCAUUGAGUGGAAGCACUGUCGUUAAUCAUUUUGGUAUUGAUUUUGCGUUAUUAAGACUGUCAGCUGAAAUAAGGAUUGAAAUAUCAGUUUCCGUUCGAGAUAUCGCAAUGAGGACGCAAUGUGAUUAAGAUGGCGCUUUUAAAAAUGCCAUUCAAAGUGAUCCAGGACGAAUUUAAUUUCUAGUGUUGAAGGUCACUCUAAAAACAAUUUCCUCUUUCUACCUUAUAUCAACUAUUGUAACCUCACCUGGGCAUCUACAUAUGCCUCCUACCUUGAACCCCUCUAUCUACUCCAAAAGAAAGCCAUUCGAAUGAUCACCUUUUCUCCUCCACAAACUCGUUCUAAGCCUCUUUUCUCGAAGCUUAAUAUUCUUUCUCUCAAUUCAAUUCAAUUCAAUU